AUGGCUCCCCAGUGCCCUGGGCCCUGGCUCCCUCUGUUGAUUGUGUCCCCUGCCCAGGGCUCCACUGUGCAACUCUUGCUGUUAUUGGUGCUUCUGGUGCCUACUUAUCCCCAGAGUCUGCCCCGGAUGCAGGGGGCUUCCCCUAUGGGAGGAGAUUCAUCUGGGGAAGAUGGACCACUAGGUCAAGAGGAUCUGCACAGUGAAGAAAACUUACCUGCAGUGGAGGAACUGCCUGUAGAGGAGGAGCCACCUGCAGAGGAAGAGCCACCUCAGGUCGACAGGAACCCAGAGGAAGAGAAUCCUCUGAGGCUCGAUGAUCUCCCUACGGAGGCUCCCAGAAAUACUCCAGAUCAAAAAAGCAAUGGCCACAGGGAAAGAAAAGGGGAUGACCACAGACAUUGGCGCUAUCGAGGCGACCCUCCUUGGCCUCAAGUGUUCCCAGCCUGCGCUGGUCGCUUCCAAUCCCCAGUGGACAUCCGCCCAGAGCUCGCAGUGUUUUGUGCCUCCCUGAGACCCCUGGAACUACUGGGAUACGAGCUCCCGCCAUUCCCAGAACUGAGCCUGCAAAACAAUGGCCACACGGUGAAGCUGACCCUACCUCCGGGUCUGGAGUUGGCCCUGGGUCCUGGGCGGGAGUACCGAGCCCUGCAGUUGCAUCUGCACUGGGGAGCCCCGGGUCGCCCCGGAUCAGAGCACACAGUUGGUGGCCACCGGUUCCCUGCAGAGAUCCACGUGGUUCAUCUCAGCACCGCAUUUAACAAAGUGGAGGAGGCCUUGGGUCGACCGGGGGGCCUGGCUGUGCUGGCUGCCUUUCUGCAGGAGGGCCCAGAAGAGAACAGCGCCUAUGAGCAGUUGCUGUCACAUUUGAAAGAAAUUGCAGAGGAAGGCUCAGAGACUCAGAUCCCAGGACUGGACGUGUCUGCACUGCUGCCCUCCGACAUCAGCCGCUACUUCCGAUAUGAGGGGUCCCUGACCACACCCCCCUGUGCCCAGGGAGUCAUCUGGACUGUGUUCAACCAGACAGUGAGGCUGAGUGCCAAGCAGCUCCACUCUCUCUCUGAUUCCCUGUGGGGGCCUGAUGACUCUCGGCUGCAGCUGAACUUCCGAACCACACAGCCUUUGAAUGGGAGAAUUAUCGAGGCCUCCUUCUCUGCUGAAGUGGACAGGAGCCCUCGGACUUUUGAGUCAGUCCACCAGAACUCCUGUCUAGGCGCUGGUGACAUCUUGGCCCUGAUUUUUGGCCUUCUCUUUGCUGUUACCGGCAUCGCCUUCCUUGUGCAGAUGAGAAGGCAGCAAAGACAUGUAAACACGACCAAAGGGAAUGCUAACUAUCACCCUGCAGAGGUCACGGAGACAGAAGCCUAA